AAAUCACUCAAGAGCUAAAACUCAUCCAGGCCGAGCAGAUGACAAAACUUCAAGCAAAGCAUCAGGCAGAAUGUGAUUUACUUGAAGACAUGAGGACGUUCAGCCAGAAGAAAGCAGCGAUAGAGAGAGAAUACGCACAGGGGAUGCAGAAGUUGGCUAGCCAGUACUUGAAGAAAGAAUGGCCUGGCGUGAGAGCGGAGGAACGAAACGACUUUAGGAGCCUCUACCCCGUGUGGAAAUCAUUUCUCGAAAGCACAGUGCAAGUCGCCCAGUCCAGGAUCAAUAUCUGCGAGAACUAUAAAAAUCUCAUUUCGGAGCCUGCCAGGGCAGUGAAGGGCUUUAAAGAACAGCAGCUGAAAAAGUGCGUGGACCAGUUGAUCAGGAUCCAGGCUGAACUUCAGGAGACGGUCAAAGAUUUAGCGAAGGGGAAGAAGAAAUAUUUCGAAACGGAGCAGAUGGCCCAAGCUGUCCGGGAAAAAGCCGACAUUGAGGCCAAGUCGAAACUUAGCCUUUUCCAAUCGAGGAUAAGCUUACAGAAAGCAAGUGUAAAAUUAAAAGCACGCCGGUCUGAAUGUAACUCUAAAGCUACUCAUGCAAGGAAUGAGUAUCUUCUCACCUUAGCAGCUGCCAACGCACACCAAGAUCGCUACUAUCAAACAGACUUGGUAAACAUUAUCAAGGCUCUUGAUGGCAAUGUAUACGACCACCUUAAGGAUUAUUUAAUGGUAUUCAGCAGGACUGAAUUAGAAAUAUGCCAAUCUGUACAAAGCACAUUCCAAUUUCUUUUGGAAACUUCAAGCCGGGUAGUGCGAGAUUACAAUUUUCAGCUCUUCUUGCAAGAAAACCCCGUCUUUCACAAGCCGCAGUCCUUCCAGUUUCAGCCGUGCGACAGCGACACCAGUCGGCAACUGGAAUCUGAGACGGGGACGACCGAAGAGCACAGCUUGAACAAGGAAGCCAGAAAGUGGGCGACUCGCGUCGCCCGGGAGCACAAGAACAUCGUCCACAGCCAGCGGACCCUGGACGAGCUGGAGUGCCACGGGCCGGUGGCCACCGAACAGAACCGAGUGGAGCUGGAGCAGAAGAUCGACGAAACCAGGGAGAACAUUCGCAAAGCCGAGAUCAUAAAGUUGAAGGCCGAAGCUCGCCUCGACCUCCUGAAGCAGAUUGGCGUUUCGGUGGACACCUGGCUGAAAAGUGCAAUGAACCAAGUGAUGGAAGAGCUGGAGAACGAGCGGUGGGCCAACCUCCCGGCCAUGGCCAGUAACGGCUCUUCACACUUGCUAAAUGUUGACCUGGACAGGGAAGAAGGCGAAGAUGGCAUGGAUGCUUUUGAAGACAGCAACUCCAGCCCUUCGGGCACCCUCCGAAACUACCCGCUGACCUGCAAAGUUGUUUAUUCAUACAAGGCUUCACAGCCGGACGAAUUAACCAUUGAGGAACACGAGGUUUUGGAAGUGAUCGAAGAUGGGGAUAUGGAAGACUGGGUAAAGGCCCGGAAUAAGUCAGGCCACGUGGGCUACGUGCCGGAGAAAUAUUUGCAGUUCCCGACCUCCAACAGCCUCCUGAGCAUGUUGCAGUCCCUGGCGGCGUUAGACAGCCGGUCUCACACGUCCAGCAAUUCCACCGAAGCCGAGCUCGUCUCGGGAAGCCUUAAUGGAGACUCCAGUGUCUGUUUUGUGAAAGCACUUUACGAUUACGAGGGUCAGACGGAAGACGAGCUCUCCUUUCCCGAAGGCGCCAUCAUCCGCAUCCUGAACAAAGAAAACCAGGACGACGACGGAUUCUGGGAAGGAGAGUUCAACGGCCACGUCGGGGUUUUCCCUUCCGUCCUGGUCGAAGAACUGACCGCUUCCGAAAACGGAGAGGUCGCGUGUAUCGCCGAAGUUCAGGUCUUCCCGUCUUCAAAGUCCCAAAACUCCCUGGCGCCGUUGCCCCUCUACGACCAGCCCCCCGUCAGCCCCUUCCCCAGCCCCGACAAAAGAGGAGCCCAGGGCUUCCCACGGUCUCCCUCGGCAAACGUUUCAGAAAACAACUUCACGUCAAAUUCUCCUGGAUUUUCCCAGCCAACCCGACACCUUCCUGAAAGCACUUCCUACGGCAAACUCAGACCUGUGCGAGCCGCUCCGCCGCCCCCCACCCAACACCGCCGGCCCCCCGAGAAGAUUGAAGAUGUGGAAAUCACCUUGGUGUGACCACGCUCGCCCCGGGGGCCCCCCACCCCCACCCCGGGCUGGGACCCAGGCCCAACGCGUCCGUCCGUCCGUCCGUCCAUCCAUCCGUCGCCCUUGUAAGGCACGUUGCUAUGAACCGAGGAGACUGCUUGAAAGCUCGCGGUUAAAACAGGAAGAUUCUUCCAGGAACACUCGUGUGUCCAUCGGUCCUUCUUCCCACCGUCAUAUGGAUAUAUUUGUGCCUUUUUAGUUUUUGUCGUCGUUUUGGGGGGGGGGGGCAGGUGUUCACCUUCUCGGGCCACCUUUGUAGCACAACGCAGGCAGCCAUGCCUUUUCAGCUGGAGAUCAGCGCAUUUUGGGGGUUCUUCUUCCUUUUUUUUUUUUUUCCUGUUUUUUAAGGGGUGCGCCAAAGCUACACAACUAUACCCCGGCCAUCAUCAUCGGGGAAACCCGGCCUAAUCCUUAUCCUGGCCUGAUCCAUCCUUUCCCCCUUGCUUGGUGACUUCCAGAUGUGGUAGAACCACGAUUGUCGGUCGCCGUACCUCACUCCGUACCCCCCUCCUCCCCCGCCACGCCCCUGGGUCUUGCAAGCCGGGAUUGCAGCUCCCAACAUCUGGAAGCCGCCACGUUCAGAUGUGGAUGAUUUCUUUCCUCUCGCCCGGCCGACGUUUCUUCCCUGGCACCAGUUUGGCAUUUAUCGGUUUUGCAGCAGCCAGUUCCCGAAAAGAGGGCCCGUUUUUUCUGCGUAGGGACUUCCACCCGUAGCCCUGCACCAGAUCAUGGCGUGAUAUAAAUAUAUUUAUUGGUAAUAAAUAUAUUUAUAUAUGCACACACCGCGUGCAUUAGUGCGGAAUAUUACUGUGUCAUAGGAAUGUAUUCAAACCUUUCCUUCCUUCCUUUCUUUCUUUCUUUCUUUCUUUCUUUCUUUCUUUCUUUCUUUCUCUCUCUCUCUCUCUCUCUCUUUCUUUCUUUCUUUCUUUCUUUCUUUCUAAUUUCUUUCAACCUCGUCAAUUAGCUGUGCCCUGGUGGGCGGUCAGGAGGUGUGGGACCGAAAAGGCCGCCCACGAGGGUCCUUUGAAGAAGCGGCUGCCCCCCCCCCCGUUUUGUCUCCCCCUCCCCUUUUUGAGAUGCAGGUGGCGGGAAAAAAAAUUCUGCAAAAGCCGGGCAAGUCUCAAGGGGGAAUAAAAUAUGGGGGGGCGGGGGGAGAACGGGGGGGGGCGCAACCUGGCUCUGCAGUUCCUUUUGGACUGACGCUUAGGCAGUGGGCAGCAGUCGGCUCCAUAAGGGCUGCGUGGAAAGCGAUGGAUUUUCUCAGGAGGAAAUGGAAUAAGCAGGAUUUUCUUGGUAGAGCUGGAAAUAAAUGGCCACUGGUUUCCCCUUCAAACUCACUUCCUUCUUUUCUUCCUUCCUUCCUUCCUUCCUUCCCAUCCUUUCUCCUCCCUCCCUCCCUCCUUUGUCUUCCCCUUCCUCCCAUCAUUCCUGUUCUUUCUCCUACUCUCUCUCUCUCUCUUCCAUCCUCCCUCCUUCUCUCUCUCCCUCCCUUUCAUCCUCCCUCCACCCUUCCUUUCUCCCCUCCCCUCUUUUAUCCUCCCUCCCUCCUUCCUUCCUUCCUGUUCUUUCUCCUAUUCUCCCUCCCUUUCUUUCUCUCUCCCUGUCCUUCCCUAUCCCACUUCCUUUCUUUCUUCCUCCCUCCAUCCCUCCUCCAGCCCUGUUCUCCUUCUUUCCACUAUAUAUUUUUUUUCUACUUUUUAUAACUUCCCCUCCAACCAUCCUCCCUCCCUCCCCUCCCCUCCAGUCACGUCUUCCUUAGGAUCUAAUUCUAAUUUCUCAGUUCCCAGACAUUCGCCACUUGUCUUAAGGCCUGGCGACUUCCAGUUAAUAAGCCCUGGAGCCGAAUGUUCCGCAUACUGACCGGUAGCCUCUGGGCUUGGGCGGCCACAUCUCUGCGGGGGCCACCUCCAGACCAGGGAAUUCAAGCCAAAUAGGGGUGGGUGGGGGGGUGCCAUGGACCCCUUCUCUUUCUCUCCCCUCUUGCAUUGCCUAGAGUCUGAAGUGGCGUAGGGUUUCCUGCCUGGGCAGGGGGUUGGACUAGAAGACCUCCAAGGUCCCUUCCAACUCUGAUAUUAUUAUUAUUAAAUUUGAGAUCCCUUUGGUGGAUCCAUAGCUGACUUUGCUCCUCUCCCCCCCCCCCCAGUGACAGAUUUUUGCAGGAUUUCUCUCCCCCGUCCCUCCCCAUCCCAGUGAAAAUGGACAAGGUCUCUCGGACGAGGGUGGGAGGUGGCAAGGAAGGGAAAGGAAAUUGUUAUCCCAUCAGCCGGGUGUGGGGUUGUGGGGGGGGGGGGGCUCCAUCUUACCACUCAAACCCCCAUGGCCCUCCUCCUGGGGGUCGGGGCAGGGGGCUGUCAAACCUCGCCAAGGUCUCUUCGGCUAUUCUUCAUAGUUUUCCCCGGGUCAACUUCCGCUCCAAAAGUCACCUGGGCACUUUUCCGACUUCGGUUCCUUGUCCGAAGGGACCACCUUGACCUGGAUGGAGAUCGAAGCUUGUUUGAUCCCUUCGAAUCCGGAGUUAAACCAGACCAAAGGCUGGGAACGAAAGAAGCUCUGUUUUCUACGAACCAGGUAGGGAAGACCAAACCAAAAAAAACCAGGAUUUUACCCUUUUCGGACGUUGGUUUUCCAACAAGACUCCUGAGAAGACC